CUUAUAUGUAAUUUUCCGGAAGUAAUUUGAGUAACGGAAAAAAAAUAGUGUUAUAUGAUUCGUACUUUAAUCAAUUUGUGCAAUGGUCACAAAAUUAAUAGUUAAAGUUACACGACGUAAACUAAACAAUAAAAUUCCCAAUUUUUUACUUCUUUGUCUUUUUGAAAACAAGAAAAACAUUUUCUCUAAAAUGAUGAAAGGAUAUUCGUUAGAGUAUGAUUUAGGAUUAUUAAUAAACAAUCCAAAGUAUAGUGAUAUAGAAAUUUUAUGUGAAGAUGAAAAGAAACUAUAUGGUUGUAGAGCAAUCUUGGCUGCGAGAUCCGAAGUAUUUGAUAGAUUAUUUUAUAACGGAAUGAAAGAAAGUUACGAUAAUCAAAUUUCUUUUCCAGAAAUUAAUUCUUCUGGAAUGAAGAUUAUUUUAGAUUAUAUUUAUACAGGAUCAAUAAAAGAAGAAUCUUUAAAUAAAGACAAUAUAAUCGAAGCAUAUUAUGCUGCAGACUUUUUUCAAUUAUUAGACCUUCAAGAUUUUAUAAUGAAAUUUAUUGAAAACACUAAUUAUACGGAAAAUUAUUCACCAGAAUUAUUAUCUAGAGCUGCGGAGAAAAUACCAUUUUCAGAUGACAAUAUUCUUCUAAAUUUAUUGAUUGAAACAGUAGCAAAUACUCCAUUAAAUACAAUAGAAUUAGGUCGAUUAUCUAUUACGGCACUUCAAUAUCUUCUAUCUUGUACAUAUGAAAAAGAAAAACCCUUCGCAACCCCAGAAUAUGAAGUUUUUCGAUAUAGCGCUAACCUUGCAGCAAAACAAGUUUCUAAUAUUACAUAUAAAAGUCUUGUGAAAAGGCUGCCAACCUUGGAAGAAUUAGAGAAUUCGAAACAAAUAGAAAUUAAACGUAUUUACAAUAACAAAAAGAUUGCUAAAGAAUUGGAACCUUUAAUUAAAUUUAUUGAUUUCAGGCGAAUUAAAGGACAAAUAUUGGCAGAUAUCAUUGACCCGUUAGAUAUUAUUUCAACUAAAGUAAUUUUAGAUGUUUAUCGACAAAAGGCAAGAUUAAAUAAUACAGAUUCAAAUGAAUUUCGAGGAACACUUAACAAUUAUGUUUGGGAUAAGUCAGCAUGUGGGUCAAAACUUAUAGUUGAGGAUAACGGAAAAGUUGUAUAUGCACAAAACGGAUGGUAUAACCUUCAAAAUGUUAGAUCUAAAAUGACAUUUGAAAAUAAAGGUAUUUUCGAAUGGGAUGUUAUUAUUGAGAAAAUAUGUGAGAAUAUUUGGGUUGGAAUUUGUGCAUCAGAAAAUUUUAAUUAUGAAAACUUUGCAGGAUUUCAACCUACUGGAUGGGUAUUAGGUUCAAAUGGUAACUGUCUUAAUUCCAACAAUUGGUCAAAUUAUUGUCCUUCAUUUGGAGAUGGUACGAAAAUUACCGUUCAUUUAGAUAUGAAUAAAAGAACUUGCGCUUUUUCAGUCAAUGGUAAAAGGUAUUCAGAAAUAUCAGAAUGGAAUAAUUUACCAUCAAAACUUCAUCCAGUUGUAUCAUUACGGUAUCCUGGACGUUUUCGAAUUAAGCCUCAUCAAAAAGUUUGA